GCUUCGAGCUCCACGCAGCUCGUCAGGCACCGAGGGCAGAGGCGCGGUGAGGCCGGUGCCGUGGUCGCGAGCAGAGGCUCGGCCCCGCGGGACGGUCGGCCGGGCGCUCACGUGGCUGUCGUGGCAGCGAGCCGAGAGGAGUCCUUCCCGAGAAAGUCUCACCUGCACAGAGAACUGUGACGCCCGGCGACCACGCCUAACUCACUCAAGGUUCGGAAGGCCUGGCAGGCUGAGGCUGAGGUGGCCUCCUUGAACCGUAGGAUCCAGCUGGUUGAGGAGGAGCUGGACCGGGCCCAGGAGCGCCUGGCCACGGCCCUGCAGAAGCUGGAGGAGGCCGAGAAAGCCGCCGACGAGAGCGAGAGAGGCAUGAAGGUGAUUGAGAACCGAGCUCUAAAAGAUGAAGAAAAGAUGGAACUCCAGGAAAUCCAGCUCAAGGAAGCUAAGCACAUUGCGGAAGAGGCGGACCGGAAGUAUGAAGAGGUGGCUCGGAAGUUGGUGAUUAUCGAGGGGGACUUGGAGCGCACAGAAGAACGAGCUGAGCUGGCAGAGUCCCGUUGCCGGGAGAUGGAUGAGCAGAUCAGACUGAUGGACCAGAACCUGAAGUGUCUGAGUGCUGCUGAAGAAAAGUACUCGCAAAAGGAGGACAAAUAUGAGGAAGAGAUCAAGAUUCUCACGGAUAAACUCAAGGAGGCGGAGACCCGUGCUGAGUUUGCCGAGAGGUCAGUGGCCAAGCUGGAGAAGACGAUUGAUGACCUGGAAGAUAAGCUGAAAUGCACCAAAGAGGAGCACCUCUGUACACAAAGGAUGCUGGACCAGACUCUGCUUGACCUGAAUGAGAUGUAGAGGCCCCGGCCGCCCUGCCCCCGACUCCGCCCGAGGCCAGCCUGCCCGAAGCCGUCCUGGAACCUGAGGGCUGAUCUUUAACUGGAAGGCUGCUUUCUCCUUUUUGCCGCCCCUCCCACCCCAACCCCUAUGUCUUUUUCGCCAAACUGUCUCUGCCUCUCCCCAGAGACUCCAGUUGGGCUUGAGGCUGAGCACCUUUGGGAACAACGUUUAAGGGAAUGUGAGCACAAUGCAAAGUGUCUUUACAAGCAUGUUGUGAUGUACACAUUUUGUAAUUACCUUUUUUGUUGUUGAUGUAGCGACCAUUUGUAAAACAUUCCUCCCGAUUCCAGAGUUCUGAAGCAGCAGUCUUACCCCUUCCUCACAUUUGGAAAGUAACUUUUCAGCUUAACGCACACUGCUCUCUCCGCAGAGGAGGGAGCGCGACAGGGCCCUGCCUGCUGAGGGCCAGAGCCCCGAAGGAUCCCCACUCUGGGAAGCUUCGUUGCUCUGUCCAAAGUACCAGCCAAAUUAGAAGGGUGAUUCCAGGAGUUAGCCAAAAAAGUGUGGCUCAGGGUUUCAGCUUUAAGGUAUCUUUGAGCAACUUCCAUUUUUUUUCCAUCAGAAGUGACCAAACAAAUUAAGGCGUGAGACCUCUAUCUGAGACCAAAUCCUUGUCCUAUCCUUACCCCUUUGCCAACCGCUCACAGAACGGAUGGUGUCCCCUUUCUGUCGAGGUGACCACUUACUUGCUCUCCUGCCUCCUUGAAAGAAAGAGAAAAUUAUGUGUUUGCCACUGAUUUAGCCACAUGAAACAAACUCAUCUCGUCACCCUUUUCUGGGACUGAAGCUGCUGUCUCUAAAAGUGCCAUGUCAUUGUGCUUUGUAUCAGUUAGUGCUGGAGAAAUCUUGAAUAGCUUAUGUACAAAACUGUUUUUAAAUUUUAUAUUAUUUUGAAACUUUGCUUCCUUAGGGUUGGGGCACCUUGGCCACCCAAUCGGGCUGAGAACUCUACAGUCUGUGGGCUGACGGUGUGCUGAUCUUUUAAAGUUUCUUUCCCUGCCCAGUCCCCCUUGUUGGUGAGGUUUCUGUGAGGUCUGUUAGGUGUGCAUCCUGCAGCUUCUUGGCUUACAGUGCACUCCCCUUUGGUGUGCUCUCUCCGGGGGCCGAUUGAGAGAAAGAAACCAAUAGUGCAACUGUUUUGAUACUGAAAAUUGACAAGUGUCUUUUUGAAAUAAAGAACCAGUCCCUCCAAUC